AAUAGCGCACAUCAUACGACGUACCACUUCCUCUGUGAGCCUUGAGUGAGCCCUGGUAGAAGAUACAAAGGCACUUCCUAUUUGAAAGGAUAUAUCUACGACUCAGAAUGACUGACGCGAGUUCCAUGAGUUCUUUGAGUGGAGUAGAGUCGGCGAGCGAGAUGUCGCAAAGCACGGUCGGAGCUGCAGGAGCAGCUUUAUCCGGUGGCGACACUGGCGAUGCUGGCGGCGCUGACGACUCUGCCGGUGGCAGCGACGGAGGGGUACAGUAUGAUCCUCCCAGUGGUGUGGCCUCCGCGGACAGCCCGUCUUCGUCUUCGUCUACGACAAGUACCACUACAACAACUACGACAACUACGAGGCGUCCCCUGACCGACGAAGAACUCACUGAACUGGCUGAAACGCGUCCGAUCACAGUCCUCUUCGUCGGUGACCACAGCUACAGUACGAUAUCGAAGGAACAAUUCCUGAUAUAUGCACAAAGCCAGCUUAAUAUGAGCUGUCCUAACUUGCCCAGACAUGCCAUGAUGACGUCACAGCUGACAUCAUAGGAUGUCCGGAACUGGUGCUGCGAUGCUUUGCAACCUGCCUCCGUGCUCCGUCGCCCGGCGACAGUCAGCGGCCGUUCCGGACCGCUUUCUACAAGAUGGCGUCGUUGAUCUUCAACUAAACUCCUUGUCUCCACUCUAUCUCUAUCUUUUUAUUUUAUUUUCUACCUAUUUUUUUAUUUUUAUCAGCUCAAGUAGCCGGAAACUCACACAGUGGUCUGGACGUGUCUUAGAUGGUCCCCAAUUAGUGUAAUGACUCUCUGGAGGGUCCUGAUUAAUGUGGGGGUCCCAAUUAGCUCUAAUUGCUAAUUAAUGGCGUCCAGACGAAGAUGUGAGUUUCCGGAUACUUGAGCUGAUCCCAUACUACUACGGUCUACCCGAAUCACUAUUAAACAUAUCAGGACAGUGCUUCA